CGGGCUCUUUGGGCCUGCGCUCCAUCCUCGCUCCCUCGGGGUGCCCUCGGGCUUCCCAGACCAAGCGGUCUGAGGCAGCGACCGGGCAGAAGUGGUUGGUGGCCUAUUUGAUGCUAGCACAGGUUUACCGGGUCCAAGGCAGUAGUGAAAAUGCAUAUUAAGUCAAUCAUUCUGGAGGGCUUCAAGUCCUAUGCACAGAGGACUGAAGUCAAUGGUUUUGACCCCCUCUUCAAUGCUAUCACUGGCUUAAAUGGAAGUGGAAAAUCCAACAUAUUGGACUCUAUUUGCUUCUUACUGGGGAUCUCCAACCUAUCUCAGGUUCGGGCUUCUAAUUUACAAGAUUUAGUGUAUAAGAAUGGACAGGCUGGUAUUACCAAAGCCUCAGUGUCAAUCACUUUUGAUAAUUCAGACAAAAAGCAAAGUCCUUUGGGAUUCGAAGUUCAUGAUGAAAUCACAAUAACAAGACAGGUGGUUAUUGGUGGCAGAAAUAAGUAUUUAAUCAAUGGAGUAAAUGCAAACAACACUCGAGUACAAGACCUCUUCUGUUCUGUUGGCCUUAAUGUUAACAACCCUCACUUUCUUAUUAUGCAGGGUCGAAUUACAAAAGUAUUGAAUAUGAAACCUCCAGAGAUUCUAUCUAUGAUAGAAGAAGCAGCUGGAACCAGAAUGUAUGAAUACAAAAAGAUAGCUGCCCAGAAGACUAUAGAAAAGAAAGAGGCUAAGCUGAAAGAAAUUAAGACGAUACUUGAAGAAGAGAUUACUCCAACCAUUCAAAAAUUAAAAGAGGAAAGAUCAUCCUACUUGGAGUACCAAAAAGUCAUGAGAGAAAUAGAACACCUGAGUCGUUUAUAUAUUGCGUAUCAGUUUUUGCUGGCUGAAGAUACCAAAGACCGCUCAGCUGAGGAGUUAAAAGAAAUGCAAGAUAAAGUUGUGAAACUUCAAGAAGAAUUGUCUGAGAAUGAUAAAAGAAUAAAAGGGCUUACUUAUGAAAUAGAAGAGUUAGAAAAAAGAAAAGAUAAGGAAAUUGGAGGCAUACUCCGCUCUUUAGAAGAUACUCUUGCAGAGGCUCAGCGAGUAAAUACUAAAUCUCAAAGUGCUUUUGAUCUCAAAAAUAAAAAUCUGGAAAGUGAAGUAAACAAACGCAAGGAACUGGAAAAAAAUAUGAUGGAGGACUCUAAAACAUUAGGAGCAAAAGAAAAAGAGGUUAAAAAGAUGUCAGAUGGACUGAGCGCCCUUCGAGAGGCGAGUAGUAAGGACGCUGAAGCCCUGGCUGCUGCCCAGCAGCACUUCAAUGCCGUUUCUGCUGGUCUGUCCAGUAAUGAAGAUGGAGCUGAAGCGACUCUUGCUGGUCAAAUGAUGGCCUGUAAAAAUGAUAUAAGUAAAGCUCAGACAGAAGCCAAACAGGCUCAGAUGAAGUUGAAACAUGCCCAGCAAGAAUUAAUGGCUAAACAGACUGAAGUUAAGAAGAUGGAUAGUGGCUACAGGAAAGAUCAAGAAGCAUUAGAGGCUGUGAAGAAACUUAAAGAAAAACUGGAAGCAGAAAUGAAAAAGCUAAAUUAUGAAGAAAACAGGGAAGAAAACCUUUUGGAAAAGCGUAGACAGCUGUCUCGUGAUAUCAGUAGAUUGAAAGAAACAUAUGAAGCUCUCUUGGCCAGAUUUCCCAAUCUUCGUUUUGCAUACAGGGAUCCGGAGAAGAACUGGAAUAGAAAUUGUGUAAAAGGGCUCGUGGCUUCUCUUGUUAGUGUCAGAGAUACUUCUGCAACCACAGCUUUGGAAUUGGUAGCUGGGGAUCGACUCUACAAUGUUGUCGUGGACACAGAGGUUACUGGCAAAAAACUGUUAGAAAAGGGGGAAUUGAAACGUCGAUAUACUAUAAUUCCACUCAAUAAAAUUUCAGCCAGAUGUAUUGCUCCAGAAACCCUGAGGGUGGCUCAGAAUCUUGUUGGCCCUAAUAAUGUACAUGUGGCUCUUUCUCUGGUGGAAUAUAAACCAGAACUUCAGAAAGCCAUGGAAUUUGUUUUUGGGACAACAUUUGUUUGUGACAACAUGGAUAAUGCCAAAAAAGUGGCUUUUGAUAAAAGGAUAAUGACUAGAACAGUAACUCUUGGAGGUGAUGUAUUUGAUCCCCAUGGGACACUGAGUGGAGGUGCUCGUUCUCAGGCAGCUUCCAUUUUAACCAAAUUCCAGGAACUCAAAGUUGUUCAAGAUGAACUGAAAAGUAAGGAGAGUGAGCUACAUGUGCUAGAAGAGGAAUUAGCAGGUCUUAAAAGCAUUGCUGAGAAGUAUCGCAAACUGAAACAGCAGUGGGAGAUGAAAACUGAGGAGGCAGAUUUAUUACAAACCAAGCUGCAGCAGAGCUCAUAUCAUAAACAGCAAGAAGAGUUAGAUGCCCUUAAGAAAAUCAUUGAGGAAAGUGAGGAGACAUUAAAAAACACCAAAGAAAUUCAAAAAAAAGCAGAAGAAAAAUAUGAAGUACUGGAGAACAAAAUGAAGAAUGCAGAAGCUGAAAGAGAGCGAGAACUGAAGCAUGCUCAGAAAAAACUUGAUAGUGCCAAAACCAAGGCAGAUGCUUCUAGCAAAAAAAUGAAAGAAAAGCAACAGGAAUUUGAAGCUAUCACGCUGGAGUUGGAAGAGCUCAAGAGAGAGCAAGCAUCCUAUGAACAACAGCUUGAAGCUGUAAAUGAAGCUAUCAAAUCCUAUGAAGAUCAGAUUAAAAUAAUGGCAGCUGAAAUUACUAAAAAUAAGGAGUCAGUAAGUAAAGCUCAGGAAGAGGUUACCAAGCAAAAAGAAGUGAUAACAGCCCAGGACAAUGUCAUUAAAGCAAAAUAUGCACAAGUGGCAAAGCAUAAAGAACAAAACAAUGAUUCUCAGCUUAAACUGAAGGAAUUAGACCACAACAUCAGCAAACAUAAACGGGAGGCUGAAGAUGCUGCUGCAAAGGUAUCCAAAAUGUUGAAAGAUUAUGACUGGAUUAAUGCUGAGAAACACCUCUUUGGCCAACCUAAUAGUGCCUAUGAUUUCAAAACUAACAACCCAAAAGAAGCUGGCCAGAGACUUCAAAAAUUGCAAGAAAUGAAGGAAAAGCUAGGAAGAAAUGUCAAUAUGAGAGCCAUGAAUGUACUAACAGAAGCUGAAGAGCGGUAUAAUGACUUGAUGAAGAAGAAGAGAAUUGUAGAAAAUGACAAAUCCAAAAUCCUUGCGACUAUAGAAGACCUUGACCAGAAGAAAAACCAAGCCUUAAAUAUUGCUUGGCAAAAGGUGAACCAGGACUUUGGCUCUAUCUUUUCUACUCUAUUGCCUGGCGCUAAUGCUAUGCUUGCACCACCAGAGGGACAAACAGUUUUGGAUGGUCUAGAGUUCAAGGUUGCCUUAGGAAACACCUGGAAGGACAACCUAACUGAACUUAGUGGUGGUCAGAGGUCUUUAGUGGCCUUGUCAUUAAUAUUGUCUAUGCUCCUCUUCAAACCUGCUCCCAUUUAUAUCCUGGACGAGGUUGAUGCAGCCUUGGACCUUUCUCAUACCCAGAAUAUUGGCCAGAUGCUGCGUACCCAUUUCACACAUUCUCAGUUCAUUGUAGUGUCCCUAAAAGAAGGUAUGUUCAACAACGCAAAUGUACUUUUCAAAACUAAGUUUGUGGAUGGAGUUUCUACAGUUUCCAGAUUUACUCAAUGUCAAAAUGGAAAGAUCCCAAAAGAAACAAAAUCCAAGACAAAAGUGCCCAAAUGAUCACUAGCCAGUGAUUGAGGUACAAAUUUAGCCCUUCACCUGUUUGUAAACAUAAAGCAAACAAAAAAAAGUGCUUUAUCUAAUUUGUUAAUAUAGAAGUAUGGUGUUAUUGUCACUAAAAUCAUAUUUUCAAGGUAUUUUCUUCAUUUAUGCAAUCACUUUUAAAAGAUUCAUUCUUCUUAACUAUGGUCCAAUUAUUGUUGUGAUUUUAUGUGUAUCAUUAAAUGAUUUUUCUUGUAAACAUUUUACAUAUCGGCUUGAAAUACUUGAUCGGUGGUAAAUCCUACAAGUAAAAGCAAGAAUACAGGGAAACAAGUGAGAUGAAAUUAUUGGUCUACUCUUGCUCCUGGGUCCUCUCUGAAUUGACCAAUUGUUGAAUGCUGCAGGGCAAAGGAGUAGCGCUAAGAAAUCUAUUAAUCUUGCAAGGAGGUGUGCAAUCCAAAGUGGCAUAGGCUCUUGUUAUAACCCACACGUUAACAGUUAACCAUGUAUGGGGUGUGAUAGAGCACAUAGGUGUAGACCUGGGGCAAUUCUUCAAAGUCAUUUGAACUUGGAAUAUGGGGGUUGUAACUGAAAAAAUGUUACAAGUUUUAAUUAGUGUAACUCCAAAAGCAAAAAAAUUGUGUAUUUUCUAUUGUUAAUAAGUCAAACAAGAAAGAAUUUCAGCAAUUAUAGCUGGACCCACAAAGGGAAUACAGGGAAAGAUAUUAUGCCUAUACUAAGUUAAUGAGAAGGAACCCUGGUAGUACAGUGGUGACAGGUUGGGCUGUAACCCGCAUGUUUGGCAGUUCAAAACGAGCAGCAGCUCCGCAGGAGAAAGACUUGCCUUGCUAGGUCUCAGAAACCCACAGGAGGUCACUAUGAGUCAGCAUUGACAAUGGCAGAGAGAAGCUAAUUGAGGCUAGCUAAUCUUAGGGGACACAAUGUCAGAAACCAGAUUAGACCCAGUCUUGAACACCAAUGUAUAUUUAAUUUUAAUGAUGUUUAAAUAUCAUGUCUGUAUAUUUAAUGGUUGCUCUCUACUUUAAGAAUUUUUUUAUUACCAUUAGUUAUGCAUAUGAGUUUUUAAGAAUAACUUGGGAGCAGGAGGGUAUAUUGUAUGCUGUUGCUCUCUGCUUCAAGUUAAUCUAAAAUUUCCUAAUACUUCUAAAGUAGAUUUUUGUCAGCUUAUUUGUAUAUUCAAUGAAAGCAAUCUGUUGGUAAAUGAUAAUGUAGGAGUUAACAUACUAAAUCAAAUUUGAUGAUUCUUAUAUGUAUAUAAAUCCAUAACUUGAUCUAUUAAAAGAUCUCAAAAAUGAUUACAACUUUUAUUUUGUGAUUUUCCAUUUCAACAGGGCAAAGCUCCUUUUAAGAUUUAGAUAAUGGAACUUACAUAAGAAUAUUUAAUAUCAUUCUUAGUAUUUCAAGAUACAUCACCCAGAUAGUGUCAUGAGACUGAAUUCUGAAAGCUUUGAUCUGACUAAUCUGACCUUACAAUUAUGUUUUAACCCUAGAAACCUUGGUUUGAGUUACUUAGUAUUAUUGUUUUCCUGUCCCAGACAAAUUCUUAUUCUUACUAGCGUGCAGUUUGUUGUCUAUCAUACAAUGACUGGUUUAACUGAAGUCAUGGGACACAUCAGAAAGUGUUGAAUAUGAAAUAAUUUCUGUCUACAAUAUGAAGAGAUACUUGAGUAUAUAUAGAUUUAUAGGAAUUGUAGUAUCAUAGAUAAUGGGCCUAUGAAAAAUACUUUUUUCCCUUUUAAAUGCAUAGCAAAUUAUUUUCCAAAAGAGUUAUUUCGAUUCAAACUGUUAAAAAUAAAGUUUAGUGUGCUGUUUGAAACAAUCUUGACAGCUUUGGAUGUUAAUUUUUCUGAGGUAAUUAUUAUUUUAAAAAGAGGUACUUGGUUGCCAUUUUAACCCAAUAUUUUAAAAAUAAGUAGUGGUUGAACAUUUUGCCAAGUGUACUAAUUUAUUUUCCUCUGUUAAUGUUUAUUUGUGUGCUUUCCUAAUUUUUUCUUAUAUACAAUUUUACUCUGAUGAAAAUUCUCAAACAUAUAUUAAUGUUUUGUGAGUAAUACUACUUUUUGACUCAAUGGAAAACCUUAAGGGGACAUUCCUUACAUUUGCAAUAUGUACAAAGCAUUUUUCAUGCUUUUUGUAUACCAGACACUUCUCAAUUGCCUGUAUUUUCACAUUUAACCUCUUAACUCAAUAAAGUCAAUACUGUUAUUA